AUGGUCCUCCUCCAUCUUCGUGUAGCAGCAGCAGCAGCAGUAGCCUACCCACUUUUACGGCAUGGCAGUCGAUGCAUGAGUACCACCACUACGGCUGCUGUCAAGGAAAUGACACCCACUGAAUUAUCAAAGUUGCUGGAUCAACAACUCAAGACGGAUCCUUUUCAAAAACAAAUCAAGUUGAUUGAUGCACGUGAACGUCACGAAAUCGAAGAACAUGGUCGUAUUCAUGGCGCACUCAAUAUCCCAUUCAGCGUUUUCAAAAGUGACAAGGAUACAUAUGCUGCGGCACUUGAGGAUGUCUUUAAUGGCAUCAAGCAUGAUGACACCACGCUUGUGGUCCAUUGUAUGUCAGGCCGACGUAGCCACGAAGUGACACAACUUGCUAUGGACGUGGGAAUCAAAAACAGCUACAACAUGGUGGGUGGAUUCAAGCGAUGGCUCGCUGAUGAACUUGCCUAUGAGCCUUACAAGAACAAUCAUUCGCCAUGGGUGCAUACCAUUUUUGAGCCUGAGACGGAAACAGCCCAAUACGUCGUUGCUGAUAUUGAAACAAAGGAAGCUUAUGUGAUUGACCCUGUAUUGGAUUAUGACGCUUUUGCUGGUACAGUGCGACCCAAUACCGCAAAAGCCGUGUUGGAUUAUAUUCAAAGACGCCGUCUCCAUGUCACCAAGAUCAUUGAUACGCAUGUGCACGCUGAUCAUCUUUCAGCUGCCAUCUUUUUGAAAAAUGCUUUGCCUACAAAGCCUGAUUUUUGGAUUGGCAACAAGGUGACCGAUGUUCAAAAGGUGUUCCGUGAACGCUAUAACCUAUCCAAUGGUGAACUCAAGGUCACUGGUGAACAAUUUGACCAUCUUGUGAGCGAAGGAGAGUCAUGGGUGUUGGGUAAGAAUAUCCAAUGCUCUGCCAUCCAUACCCCUGGGCACACACCAGCGUGCAUGUCACACCGGAUUGGCGAUGCAGCAUUCGUGGGAGACACGCUGUUUAUGCCUGACAUUGGCACGGCUCGAUGUGAUUUCCCUGGUGGCAGUGCCGAGCAAAUGUAUCAAAGCGUACAUAAAAUGUACAAUGCAUGGCCCAAUGAUACACGUAUCUUUGUUGGUCAUGAUUAUCCACCUGCUAAUAGCCAUCGAUCCUAUGAGGUGAUGACUACAUUAGAGGCUCACAAGCGAUUCAAUGUGAUGGUGAAUGAGAACAUAUCGGUCAACGAAUACAUCCAAAAAAGAUCAGCACGCGAUAAACAGCUUAGAGCUCCACGUUAUAUCCACCCAUCUUUGCAGACAAACCUGCGGGGUGGUAAUCUCCCCGACAACGAAAAGACACCCAAUGGCGAGCAAGCUGGCAAGUUUUUCAAGAUACCUGUUCGUUGGGCAGAAUAA